AUGCAGAAUACUCCACAAUUUUUUUCUAACUAUAAUCCUUAUCAGAUCGACGAUAAUUUGCCUCCCAAUGUGCCUAAUACAUUGAUUGACGGUGAACUGUUCGGAUUGCCGUCGUCCUCGUCGUCGGCUCCGAUGGCGACGAAUCCAACAUCGGUAAUGUCUCAAUCAACAGCAUCACCUAUGAAUAGAUCACAGAAACGUAAAGCAACAACUGAUACGGAUGCAAGUUAUUCACCGGCAUCGAUUUGCAGUGAGAACAGUAAUUAUUCAAAUGCAUCAUAUCCAACUAUUUCACGUCAAUCAACUGAUUGUUGCCGAAAUCUACCAUCUGGCAAGCAUAAAAAAUCAACGACAGCAUCAAUUUUAACAACAUCAGCCGAAGAAGGCAGUUCAGGUGACAAUGAUGAUGAAGAUGAUGAUAACAAUGAUCUUGCACAUAAACGGGAAAAACAUACACAAGUUGAAGCGCAUCGACGAGCAUUAGAAAAAGCACAUUUUCGAGAAUUAUCAAUGUUAAUUACAAAUCGAAGUGACUCAAAAUCAACCAAACUUCAUCAUCUUGAUUUACUGAAAAUAGCCGCCGAUCAAAUAUCUGAAAUGAAUUUACGACAUAAAAACGAUCCAUUACGUCCGUCAAAUUUAACCGAUAAUGAAUUAAAUUUUUUAACAGUCGAAGCAAGUAAUUCAUUUUUAUUUGUAACAACAGUUGAACAAGCAACAUUUCCUAUUAUUCAUGUUACGGAUGCAAUAAAUCGCAUUUUAAAUGUGACACGUGAUCAGUGGCUUGGACAAGAUUUUCUAAAAUUUAUACAUCCGGAAGAUUUAGCACGUUAUCAAAGUCUAAUUAUGUCAUUAAAUCAACGUAUCGGAUUGCCCAUUCAUUUCGAAUGUCGAUUAAAACAACAAGGUAAUCCUGAUAUGUAUUCAUCGGUUAUUAUUGAUGGCAUGACCAAAAUCAUUGAUCAUGCAUUAAAACCUGUACAAAACAAUACAUCAGGUUUUCUCGCAUUUGUUGCAAUAUGCCAUCUACCGUUAAUAACAAAAUACAGCGAAACAAAUAUGCGUCUCUAUAAGGAUCCUCAAUCGUGUACAUUCCGUUGUCGUUGUUCGCCGAACGACUGGAAAAUUUUUCUUGUUGACCGUUCAGUAUCAACGUUACCGUCUAUAUCAUAUGACUUAUUUCGUCAAAAAUCUAUAUUAGAUUUUAUACAUAAUCUUGAACAACAACUUUUGCAUCAAACUUUAUCAGAAUCAUUACGAACACCAACAGUUCAAACAGUACGAUGUCAUUUUAUGCAUCCAACUUUACACAUCUCAAUGCCAAUGUCACUUGAAAUCAAAUCUUUUUUCAAUACAGUUACUCAUCAAGUUAACUUUAUUGAAUUAACAUUUAAAGGUUUAACUAAUUCACCAGUUGCAAAAGUAGAAUCAUCGAUAACAUUUCCUUAUGAUUAUGCCGCUGAUGCCGAUGAAAUCGAUAAAUUAUUUGAAUCCGAUCCAUCAGUUCCAAAUCAACAAAUAAUGAACGAACAAUUCGACAAUAAUCCAAUGAUUCAGCCUACACCAAAUUAUUAUCAAAAUCGAUAG